CCAAAGAAGUAUCGAGGCUCCCGGCCACGUUUCUACGAAGGAUGUGUUAGUUUUCUGUUACCGUCACGUUCAAGGUAACGUUAACUAAACCUGUGACUGACUUUAUUAUCCGUAACCGUGUCGAGCGCCACCGGAGGACAAAAGUUUGUUCCGAUAGUUUCAGUUGAACCGGCUGGCAUUUGUGACCCGCCAAAAGCUACAACACAGCUAGGAAGUGACCAUUUUGUAGGUUAGCUGUUAACGUUAGUCGGUAACAGCUCAAUCUGGGAAACGAAAAUGAGUGGCGGAUUUAACUUUGGGCAAGCCCCCUCGGGCUUUACCUUCGGAGCUCAAAAGACCACCGCCGCAGCUCCUGCACCCGGCUUUAAUCUGACGGGCUCCACACCUGCACCCUCCGGAGGGGGCUUCACUUUCGGGACAGCGAUCGCGGCCAAUACCAAUCCUACCGGCGGAUUUAGCUUUGGCACCCCAGCAAAGAGCACUGCAGCCGGUGGAGGCCUGUCCUUUGGAACCCCCGCCACCACAUUUGGGCUAGGUUCAGCUCCUCAAACCACCGCAGCAGCACCAGCAGCGCUGACAUUAGGCUCCACAGCAGCACCAGCGGCAGGGUCAGGGUUCACCCUGGGCCAGAGUUUGGCAGGGCCAACCACCGGGGCCGCUCCUGCAGGAGGGGGCUUCAGCUUUGGCAAUGCCACUCAAGCUCAGAUGCAACCACCAGCAGCAGCAGCAGUCCCAGCAGCGACAGCAGCAGCAGCUGCUGCUGCAGCAGCAGCGGCAGCAACAACAGCAGCAGCAGCAGCUUCAUCAGGUUUCUCAUUUGGAGCGUUCAGUUUUGGAUCCGCCAAGGUCCAGCCGACUUCAGCUGCAGCCACUGCUGCUCCCACAGGUGGAGGUUUCUCCUUUGGCAACACAGCACCCUCCAACCUCACCCUGGGUAUCCAGCCCCAGCCCCAGGCCCAAGCCCAGGCCCAGGCAGCUCCCACCGCUGCAGCUGCAACAGGACAGGGUGGAGGAUUUACUUUUGGGAUUAAGCCCUCAUUAACCCCAGCGCCCCCUGCAUCAACCCAGGCAGCCCCACCUUCAGGUCCCUCACUCUUUGCUGCUCCUAUCUCUGCAGCUCCUGCUGCUCCUGCUGCUGCCACAGCACCAGCCACAGGCUUUACAUUGGGUGCUGCUGCAACUUCAACAGCAACCCCAGUUGCAGCUGCAGCUGCCGCUGCUGCUGCCGCUGCUGCUGCUGCAACAAGCACAGCAGCCACUGGAGGUCUGGCUUUUAUGCUCAAACCUCUGGGGGCAGCCACCACCAUUGCCACAUCUAUUCCAGCCUCAACGGCAGCUGCCACAACAGGCGCUGCUACCAGCUUUUCAUUGGGGCUCAAACCUGCAUCCGGCACAACUACCACAACACUUUCUGCAGCCUCGACGAUCACUACAACCACUGCUCCUCCAGUAAUGACCUAUGCCCAGCUAGAGGGUCUCAUUAACAAGUGGAGUCUUGAGCUUGAGGAUCAAGAGAGACAUUUCCUACAGCAAGCGACUCAGGUGAACGCCUGGGACCGUAUGCUGGUGGAGAAUGGAGAGAAGAUAACAGCGCUGCAUAAAGAGAUGGAGAAGGUGAAGCUGGACCAGAGGAGGUUAAACCAGGAGCUGGAUUUCAUCCUGUCCCAACAGAAAGAACUGGAGGACUUGCUCUGCCCACUUGAGGAGUCUGUGAAGGAGCAGAGUGGAACCAUCUACAUGCAGAACGCCGAUGAGGAGCGUGAAAGAACGUACAAGCUCGCUGAGAAUGUGGACGCCCAGCUUAAGAGGAUGUCACAGGACCUGAAGGAGAUCAUUGAGCACCUGAACACAUCCAGCGGUCCAGCAGACACCAGUGACCCACUUCAGCAGAUCUGCAAAAUCCUCAAUGCCCACAUGGAUUCACUUCAGUGGGUUGAUCAGAAUUCAGUCCUUCUGCAGAGACGAGUGGAGGAAGUGUCCAAACUGUGUGAUAACCAGCGCAAGGAGCAGGAGAAAACCUUUCGUUUAACAUUUGACUAAUCUGCGAUAAACAUGCUGACAUGUAUAUUCACUGAAUGCUAAUUUUGACAUUUUUUUGUCAGUAGUCAUUAACAGGGAUGUCUUUUUAGGGGUCAAUAUUAUAUGAAUGUACAACCAAAGCAUUCAUCACAAUUCCUGUUAAAACCUGCUUUUCCCCUCAGCUGUUUCAGGUUGUUUGGGCUGCAUAAAAAUGAAUAUUUUUCAAUGCAAUUGUUUUUAUAUACAGUUGUGAAACUGAUAACCUGUUCUCUUGUGAAUGCUUGUUCUAAAUAGUAUGAUUAAAUAAAUCUUUG